AUGUGGAUACUUUUAGCAACACUCCUAUUUGUCCCUGCCUUCUGUCAGGACUCACAGUGCAGAAGUACUUCUGUAGCGACCAAGGAAGUUUACACAAGCUCAGGUGUCACAGCUUACUACGUACAGAACGUAUUCGUAGAUCAGACAAGCGAGUACAUCCAUGGGUAUAUUACAUUUACAAAUGGAACUUCAGCAUGAACUUUGAUGAAGAAAUCAGGACAGGAUUUAAACUGGAAUUUAGACUGGAGCAAAGUUUAUAUGGCAAGCAUACCAAAAUUCAAUGCAGAUUUUGUGGAGAGUGAGAGCUGGAUUAUCGGAGCAUAUUUUGAACCAUCAAAGGAUAGCCAGAUAGUCAAAGUAAAGGGAUCAGAUGGAAGUGUUAUUAAGACUGUAAGCAACAGCAUGUGUAAAAUAAGCUCUUACGUCCAUUCUAUCGUUGUCCAAAGUAAAUCAAAUCAACACUAUUUAUUUCAAAAUUGCCAAAGUGAUGGAACCCUAAGAUCAAGGGUUUGCAAAAUAAGCUUAGCAGAUUAUGGAGCUACAUGAGUGACAACUUCAGAUAUCACAAAAGAUUCAUUUGGGAUGGCUCUGUUGAAUGAUCCUCAAGUGUUCCUGACAGGAUCUAAUGGAAAUCUUGCAUCUGUUAUUUUCUUCAAGGCUAUAGAUUUUGGCACAGCGAGUAUGGUCUGGGAGUCUAAGAUGGUAUGCCCAGAUACAAAUUGCCCAAAUUUUAGGCCAGUGUCUAUUCAUAUACCUUCAGUGGAUUUGAUCAUUUUUACAAUGAUUUUUAAAACUUCUGAUAAGCUAGCUAUUCUUGAAAUUGAUGACCAAAAUGGUCUUUCUAAGAGUGGAUCAACUCCAAUUAUCUUUGCUGACUGCCUUUCCUGAUGCUCAAAUUUUGAACAUGAAGGCUAUGCUUAUAUAAUGGCAUGGUGUAGCUAUGGCUCGAUGAUCUGUAAAUAUGACUACACAAACCAUCUUGUUGUCUCAGUAAAGCACAGUAUUUCAUCUGACAUAGCACUCUAUCAAGCCAAAAUGCAUAAAACUACAGAUGGCUUAUAUAGAAUGAUCAUGGGUGGAAGGCUGACUCCUAUAGAUUCAUACUUGCUUUAUUCUUCUUUUGAGACUCUACAAUAUACUGAAGAUUUUAUCCAAAACAGUACUACUCUUUAUACAAAGCUCGAGCCUAGUGACACAACUUAUCAGAUUGUAGCUGGUCUUACCAGCACUUUUGCAUUCUAUGGACCUACUUUAAAUGUAGAAACACCAACAACUUCAUCAGAUUUUACAAGAGACUUCACCCCUGGAAUUGUAUUUUCAAGGAAAAUUUACUAUAAUUUCGAUACUGAAAUGUUUACUUUAACCGAGAAUGCUGAAGGAGAGAUAAAGCUGAACCUGACGAGAGCUUGAGAUUCAAGUUCUGUUAUCUCAAAUAACAUGGUAAACAACUCUCCUUAUCCCUAUCCAAGCUGGAUCACCUUUGAUUCCUCAGCCAGCACCAUCACUUUUAACUCUCCAGCUAGUGAUGAUGCAAACUAUUCUGUUGCAAUUGACACUCUUGCAUCUGGUAUGGCAACUUCUCAGAAGAAAUUGCUCUAUUUUUCAGUUCAAAAAUGAAAUGUUCAGAACUGUAAGAAAUGCUCUGCCACUGACACUUCCAAGUGAGAAGAAUGCAAGAUAUACUAUGAAGGAGAUGCAUGCACAGAGGUUAACCUAAAUGAAGCCCAAGCAGUUGCUACCGCUGCUACUACGGUACAGGCUACUUCUGUAGCCUUGGUAGCUAUUUCUUCUGCAGUCUCAGUGAACUCUCCAGUGCUUGUGUGGGUUAUCAUCAAUCAUCUCCAAAUUCUCACGCUGCUCAUUUUCAUGAAGGCUUAUGUACCAAGUGAGGUUGUUGAAUACUUGACUUCUUCUGGUUUCUCUUUCUUCCAAGCCAAGUCCUUAGACCUUCACAUUCUUAACUCAGCUGAAGAGUGGUUUGAGGAAGGCAAGCCAGAUGACAGACUUCAGAUUCUAGGCUAUGACUCUGCCAGUGCCUUCAAGAAUCAUUUUGGGAUCAUUGUCAUUCUGUUGAUGGUGAUAGUUUUGCAUCUUUGAGUAUGACUCUGCUGCCGCCCAUUUUGAAGAGAUGAAGGAAAGUGUAAGUGAUUGAAGAAAAUAUUCGCGUGCUGGUAAUUUC